AUGAAGAACACGGUCCUGGCAGUACUCUUUUACUCAUGCCUGAAACUCUUUGCGGAAGUGCGUUCUUGUGCGAGCUUGUUGGUCGAUGACGCGAGGAACUCCACUCUAAAGUCGAGGAUAGUCCUGCCAGAGCAUUACGUCAAAGAGAUCAGACCUCCAUCGAAGAAAGGUUUCCCAGUGAUAGUGGAUUUCAAUAUCUUCGUAGCUGAUAUCAACUCUAUUAAUGUAGAAGAUAUGGAUUUCCGAGUGGAUAUGUUCGUUCGUCAGAGUUGGAUAGAGUCUCGACUCGAUAUGCCAGAAGAAAUUUUCGAGGAGGGUGAUGACUAUGUGACGCUGCCUCCCGAAUUUUUCGACAGCUUAUGGCAACCAGAUCCCUAUUUUUUAAAUGCAAAAGUUUCUGAAAUCGCAGCGUUAAAUCACAAAUUCUCCUCGGUUACGUUGUAUAGAAACAAGACGGUCAAAUAUUCGGCUCGAAUGCACGCUAUCAUCGCCUGCCAAAUGGAAUUUCAGCUUUACCCGAUGGACAUUCAGAUAUGCCCUAUCUACAUAGAAAGUUUUUCCUAUCACGAACAGAAGUUACGCUUGCGAUGGGGAUUGGGUGCAGUUACGGUGAACCCCGAAUUGAAGCUUCUACAAUACGACAUCGGGAAGCCGGUAGUUGCUGAAGAAACUGUUGAUUAUAUGCUGGAGAAAAAUGGAAAUUUCUCACGGCUGAUGGUUUUCUUCCGGUUCGAGAGGCAAAUUGGUCAUCAUUUAAUACAAACUUUCGCCCCAUCCACGUUAGUAGUAAUGUUAUCUUGGUUUAGCUUCUGGUUGGGAUUAGAUGCGAUUCCUGGUCGAGUGGCUCUUCUGGUGACCAGUAUGUUGACAUUGGUUACUAUGUUUACUGGUCUAAAAAGCGAUAUACCUCCAGUUGCUUAUGUGAAAGCAUUGGAUGUUUGGAUGGCAGGCUGCAUGAUGUUUGUAUUUGCUGCCCUUGGCGAAUUUGUUGUGGUUAAAGUACUCGAUUUACGAUACCAGUUAGAAUACGAUCUACAAACGUCAAUAAUAUCUCGACAUUACUCAACACGUAUAAUUGCCAUGGAGAAAGGUCAAAGCAUUUGGGAUUAUGACUCAACUUAUAUACCAAAGGCAAGAAAUAAAAGAGCUGGUAGUAAACAUCUUCUGCAAAACGCGUGGCUAGAUCCCGAAUAUUCAAUGAUACGUAUAUGCAAAACACGAUCACAAAGAAUUGACACUUAUAGUAGGAUAGGUUUUCCUAUAUUGUUUAUGCUAUUCAUCAUUUUAUAUUGGCCAAUACUUUUACUUAAAAAAGCAACCUAA